AGAGUUUCUACUGAUAUAAAAUUUCUGCUUCCGGAAUGAGAAUCCUCGCGGACACAACUUAUGCGCCCCUAUCGGUUGCGAUGGAAUCAACCCCGCCUGCAGUACCGACGGCAUCACAGCAGUCACCGUGCCACUCCCCUAUGCCAUACCUGUUUGUGAGCCUGGCGGCGAUGCUGGGGCUCAUAGGGUUCACUCUCUUGAUCCUGGCCUGUUCCUAUCGGAGGCUCUCAGGCAGUUUGAGCAGCACCCAGGGAGACGAAGAGAACGGGGGCGAAGCAAGGACGGUCGACAGGGAAGGGUACAGCAAGGCCGUGAAGGUGCACGAGGAGAAGAUAGCGGUGAUCAUGGCGGGCGAGGAGAGGCCCACGUUCCUCGCCACGCCAGUGUGCGGCAGAGGCCCUUCGUUUGGCGAUUUCCAAGGGAAGGGUAAAGGCGAUAGGGAGAGCUUCGACGCCAAGAAGGACAAGGAUGAGAACAUCAACAAGACCAAGGAGUUUGACAACGUUAACAAUGAUGAUGACGUUGGUGGCCACGUUGCUCACGGUCAUAACACAGCAGCCGAUGAAGAAAACAGAGGAGAAGGCAGCCGAAGAUCAAACGCAGCUACAGAAUUAGCGAGCAUUCUCUGAUGGCUUCGUGUUGGCAUGAUUGGUGCUGGCCUCCUAUUUGGGAAGAAAUUAUGUAGAUUUGCUUGAUUGGGAAGAAAUUACGUAGAUUUAUUUGAUUUCUAUGA